AUGGUUUCACAUAGCAAUCAAAAAAAAAAAAGAAAUUUUUUAUUAACAUUUUUUAUAUUUUUUUUAUUUUUACAAAUUAGUUUUAUCAUCAUCAAUAGUUUUUCAGUACCAACUAUUUUAAAAACUAUAUUUCUCAAAUUAUUACUGCAAUUUAUUACCACAAAUAACCUAUGUUUGAAAACGAAUUUAUUCAAACUUUUCAAAAAAAAAAAAAAAAUGAAAAAUAAUAUUGAAGAUAUAGAUAACUGUAGUGAUAAUACUAAAGAUUUUAUUUUAACUCAAAGUCAAAUUCAAAGAAAAAUAAAGAUAGAUUCUGAAUAUUACCAAUUAUUUUCAAUUGAAGGAACUAAUCAAGAUCAAGAUCUUAUUGAUGCAACCGAGCUCAAAGAACUUAAAGUUCAUUGUGAAAUAUUAUUGGAAUCAAAUAAAAGAUGUAAAUUCUCAAAUAAACUUAAUUGA